UUUCACUCUAUUUGAAGUGUCAAUUGGCAAUUUGACCAAUUUUGGAGGGAACAAACAUGGCGAUGAUUGAAAGACCCCACAAACCAUAUGCAAUAAUCCCAUCUUUUUUUUCUUUUUAGUCAUUCUCAAAGUUUCAACUACCACCUCAACAAAGCAAAGCCACACACACAUUGAGGGAAAAAAGCAAAGUUCAAUUUCUCAACAUUUCAUUACUGAUUAGCCUUAACCCUUUUUUUCCCUUCAAUAUGUCUAAACUACAUUCAGAUUUAUAAAUAUCUCCAAACACACCUAUUUUCCUUUCAAGAACACAACAAACAAAACCAUGGAUUGGUUUUCUUGGCUGUCCAAAACAGAGCUAGAGCCAUCUCUUGUUUAUGAAUAUGGCCUAGCAUUUGCUCAUAACGAGCUAGAACAAGACGAUAUCGCGUAUUUCAAUCACGAGUUCCUCCAAAGCAUGGGCAUUUCUAUAGCCAAACAUAGGCUAGAAAUACUCAAACUUGCUAAGAAAGAACGAGGAAACGUUCCGAAUUCAAUGUCGAAGUUUCUUCUGGUAAUGAAACGUACCAAGAAACGUUUUUCAAAGUAUUUUAGGACGUGGGUUCGUCGCGAGGAAUCAGCACUUGCACUUGUGUCAAGAAGAAGUUACAGUUCAAGAAUUUGGAAGAGGACAAAAGUGCUGAAGAGGAACAAGAGCGUUGUGGCACCAGCAAAGCAGAGUAAUAGUACUUUGUUGCUUACAAAUGGGAGUCCAAUAUUUAUGUCUACUUCAUCAAGAAUUAAUAGUUUUUCGAGUCCAAUGGUUCAUGAGAAGAUGGAAGUUGAUUAUGGUGACUAUUGGGGGUCCUCUGUAGUUGAAGAGAUCAGGUGGGAUUCAAUGUUUCAAAACAUGAAACCAACUUGAAUUUUCUCUUGUUUUGGUUAUGUAAUUAACUAUAAUUGGUGAGAGAUUGACUUUUUGGUUCUUCCACCAAUCUUUAUUUUUUGGAGGAAUUUUUCAAGAUAUGGUUUGGUUGGGUGUUUUAGUUUUUUGCUUUUGUGUUAGUGGUGGGGAUAAAAGCAGAAAUCCACUAAUUGUGUGUUUAUAUGAUGAGGAUCUGUAUUAGUAAUGAGAUCCUCUCCAUGAUUUUGCAUAUUUAUUAUUACCUUCUGUUUAUCUAACUUAAGCCUUCAAAGACGAUUGGGACAAA